CCACAAACAAGUUUCCUUUGGGACGUAAGACUUCGAUCUCAAUUCGAUCACCACCUGGUUCAAAGUUAGAGGGCGAGCUACAGGCAGAGAGACAGUUGAGGGGCAGAGUCCCCUCCGCAACCAAAAAUCAAGAUGGGCGGAGGAAAAAAAUCCGACUUCCUCAAGGUCGUCCAGCCUUGCGAGAAGCAGGUGACGCUCAAUAGCAAGGAACUGAGUGCUCACGGCAUUCAUCGUCUGGGAAUCGACGGGAAUGCGCUCAUUCACAAGACCGUUCCGGCGAAGUUGAAGGAGAAGUACGUGAAGGCAACAAGAGAAUCGCCGGACGCAGCUCUGGCACAGCAAGUUCGGAGCGAGAUUGCGGGUUACGUUUCGCAGGUGGUCCAACGCAUUGCGCGUAAAACGCAGAAGACCGUUGUGACGGUGUUCGACGGGAAGGACUUACCGGAAAAGUCCGACUGUCUCGAAAAACGCAAGGAGCAGCGGCAAAAAGCGUUCGACAAGAAAGAAUUUGCUCAAGCGUUCGAUUGUGACGAACGCAUCGUGGAAGAAUGUAGGAAGGCACUGAAUCAAGUAAGUUUAAGUUUUGGAUUUGGUUUUUCAAGUUAUUAACAACCGCGACCAGAUCCAGGCAAAAUGAUUUUCUUAAUAUCGCUAGCGAUGGAUGAUGUGGUUGCGAACCUCGAAUGGAACAAGUUCGACUUCGAUAUAAUUCGCUCUUCAGUCCCGCAAUUUUCUCAUUUUCUCCGGUGAUCUGAUGCAUUUUCUCUUUCUUAUUCUUUCAGGUGCGGUCCAAUUCGUCGAUCAUUGCGGCCUACGAAGCAGACCAUCAGUUGGUUUACUUGUUCAACAACGAGAAGAUAGAUGCUGUUCUCGCUGAGGACACCGACUUUCUUUUGUGGCAGAUUCCGCUGCUCCGACAAGCGGAGGGGCUGGGGUCCGACAAAGACGACAUUCGCGCGACGCUCAUCGACUUGAAGAAAGACUACGAGAAGUGUCCGGACCUGGUCGAUAGUUUCUUGCCGACAAAAAACUCUGACGUCUACGAAGGUGGCUCGAUGUGAACCUCAUUCUCAAACUCGCUUUCGCCUUUUUUUUACUCAGCAUUACCUCGAGAGCCAGCACAAGAACUUGACUCUACAGCCAAAGAAAAAUUCUGUCCAGGUGUGAUUACGUUUUGGAAGUAUUCGUCUGCUGCCAGUAAGAAGCAGGGUGGUUUCGGGUUUAUCAAAUGCACUGAAACGCGUAAGAAGCUUCCUUCGAACGCCCGCGGAAAGACACUGUUUUUUCACGCGUCCAAUGUGAAGCAGGCGGGGUUCAAGAAUUGCAGUGUGGGCUCGACGGUCGAAUUCAUAUUGGCACCAGAUGACCGGCUGCCACAGCGCCGUCGGGUACUCCUUUGUGAAGUAAUGCUGAACUGCACCCAAUAGAAACGGCGAGAAAUCACCAGUUGGAGUUUUGUCUCUGCAGUGACAACUGAUCAACAUGUAGUUGAUGUAUACCUUCAUUGCUUAUUUCGCCUCAAGCUCGGUAUUCGUGUUGCUUGUACAUCUCAAUUGCAGGCAGGCGACAAUCCCUUCGUUGGCGUUCGCGUGACGGGUAUCGGCGGAAGCGACGUUCCGAAAUCCGAAGCGCAAGAAGAACGAAUUCGGGUGAAGAACAUUUUUCCGUACCAGCGCGAAAUCGCACUUGGGCUGCUGUUGAUCGGGAACGACUACAACGGUGCGCAUAUCCCGAGAUGCGGAGUCGAAACUGUGAAAAAACAUUUGAAAGCGGCAAUGUGGGAUCCCGUGCGAUUUGUCAAUCUCGUACGCAGAGCCAAGACCGAUGCACACGAAGACGACGACAUUUCCCGCGACUUCAUCAAAAGCAUCAAACGCGCACAAUGGCUAGUGCAGCACGCGCCCGUCAAGGAUGAGUAUGGAAACACAGUUCCGCUCUCGGGCGACCCGAACGUGCAAAAGAAGGAUCCGCUGUUCGCUGGUACGCAGAAGAUCGUACCGGGGGAUAUGGAGCUGCCGAGCGGCUCCACUGCGCUGCCAAGCGGCUCCACCGAAGCUGGGGAAACGAAGCGCAGGGGACGAAAAGGACGCGGAAAGAAGGGCAAGGGGAAGCGCAAGGGAAAAGGGAAGGGUAAGGGGAAGGGAGAAAGCUAAGUUCGACCACGGUCAAUCUCAUAUACCAUUUCAAAAAUUCUCAUUCCACUACGUAUGCCGGGCCGCGCGCCGUAGCUGUCGGGGGCCUCACACAGCUCUCACGCGAGCGCGUUAGUGCUUAGGAGAUCGGGGUCUCCACAAAAGACAACGAUAUCCACCGUACGAGAUUCCACUACGUGUGGGUCAUUAUAUAUAGUACUGUGAGCUGCUUACAUUCAUUUUCGACCUUCGAAAAAACAAAACGGCCUCGCCGUUCUUCCGUGUGAACAACUACAUUCUCUCACUUUUUGGCUUUCUCAGGAAAGCGAAUAAGACUAACACAUGCCAUGCGUGUAUGCUUAUUCGGCAAUACGUUUUCGGUUUCGCUUUCGGAAAUACGUUUCCGAAGAUUGUCAUCAUCCAUUCAAAAAUAAUCUACUUGUCAUAAGUGACAAAUGCUGAGUUGACCAGAUGAAAGACUGAACCUGAAGCAGCGUGAUUCCGUGAUUGCUAUCUAGAUAGCGAUGAAUUUGAAUAUCAAUAUGAAUUUUGAUCAUGCACAAAGCGCGG